GCCCUACACAGGCAGAGUUAUAGAUCUGUGGUAAAGAUUCACUAUGUUUAAAUGAUUGUAAGAAAAUUAUAUAGACCUGACACAGGAGGUUGGUGGCACUUUAGUUGGGGUUGAUGGGCUUGUGGUAAUACCUGGAGCGGAGUUAGUGGAAUGGUAUCGCACAGGACAAUGAACGCUGAAAACCUUUUCCCGACAACUCACUUUUGACCUUGACUAGGCUAGCUUAUUGGCAGGGGCCACCUCUGUGUCAUCAACAGCAUUGACUGAUAGAGGGAGACUUUUUAAAGCCCACGAAAUGUGGGCGGCAGGCGCAACAACAUAAGCGUGGACAUGAGCGGAUUUGCUCCUAUAGCCAACAGUAGAGCCCCAACCCGGUGUCAUAAGAAUUAACCGUGGAGAACGUUGAGGGGAUGCGGGGCCUGCACUUCCUCUUCUCUGUCCUCCCAGUAGAGGAGAUUCUGACCAGCCUGACCUCCCUUAUCAACCCUCACGUCCAGAGACUAGACACACUGGCACAUCAGGAGCCCAGCCCCACUACUAAGCUAUGUAUCAUCCACAUGCUGGGCAUGCUGUCCAGUCUGUUCACUAUGCUGGACAUCAGGGGUCAGAGGGCACCACCCCAGCCCAGGCCAGACCCCAACCCUGUGGUGUUGGUCUUACAGUGGCUCAGACUCAGAAGUGGUGAAAGCAGUUGGAGGCCAGUCUCCCCUCUGUCUGACAGAGCACUUCUCUGAGGUGCUGUUCGGUCUGAACAAUGAAGUACCUAACGGCCCUGCUACGCUAUAGCCAUCGGGCGGAAGGCAUUGCCAUCAGCCAUUGAGGAAAUGCUUCCUCUGAAAUCAAUGAAAGCUGCUUCACUGACCAUGUUGCGCUCACGUUGUGUCACGUCCAAUGUGAGCAUUCAAGCAAUGAGGUUCAAUUCUUGAUGGUUGAUGUGUUCAUGCUAUCUGUGAGUUGAAAUAACAAGUAAUAAAGUUGAUUUGGGUUGCAUAUGGCCUCCACUAGACACCACUGGUUAUUUUACAAAGAUUUGUGAAGUCAAUAAGCUACGAGCUAGCACAACUCUAGCUAACUAGUUACAUUGACUAUUUUCGUAAUGUAAACAAAAGCAACUUGUAAAGGCAAAAAUCAUGACAAGUUUGCAAGCGGAGUUUGAAUAAGACAUCCAAUUAACACUUUGCAUUUAUAACAGUUGGUUUAACUAUAUCUAAUAAUUAACCAAAUCAUUGAUGGAUCAAUAGAUAAAAUAAAUGUAUGAGUCUCAUCUGCCCCUGCAAGCUGGUCGCCAUACACUCCCUCAUCUGAUUGGUAGUUUCGCACAAACAGUAAACCGGCAUCACACUCCCUCAUCUAAUUGGUUGAGUAGAUGGGCCUUCGGACAUUGUGCUAAAGGCGCCCACCAGUGGCCAAUGUCGCCCCUAUUUUGACUUAACUUCUGCUAUAGGACAGGAAUGUUCCUUUAUGUUCCACUAGAGGUCUUCACGGGUCCAAAAAGUUGGACCUUUUCCGAAAUGGAUCCAUGGCUUUCCCACCCGACCCGAUAUGCAUAAAUUAUCACUCUUAUAACGGAGACCUGUUCCAAAAAGGAAAACCAGACCCAA